CCACUUCGAUUCGGGCCGAGAGCCUUCCAGAGCAAAGAAGCCAGGCCACCACGGCCAACACCAAAAAAACCCGACGACGACGAGCUAGCAGACGCCAGAAGAACCCAGCACAACUCCUGCCCGUUUCACUUUCGCGCACCACUUUUUGUUUCUGGAAGACAGACAGACAGUAGAGCCGAUCGCAUUCGCAUCGCAUCGCAUGGCGACGAGGCCGCCGGCAGCGGAGGGGAAGUCGUGGGAGCUGGCGGCGCACCCGCGGCUUCCCAAGGGCAAGACGGUGGCCGUGGUGGUGCUGGACGGCUGGGGCGAGGCGCCGCCCGACCCCUUCAACUGCAUCCACAUCGCCGACACGCCCACGCUCGACGCCCUCAACAAGGCAGCUCCGGAGAGAUGGAGGCUCAUCAAGGCGCACGGGACAGCGGUGGGGCUGCCCACGGAUGACGACAUGGGCAACAGCGAGGUCGGCCACAACGCGCUCGGAGCAGGACAGAUAUACGCGCAGGGCGCGAAACUGGUGGAUCUGGCGCUGGACUCCGGGAAGAUAUACGAGGGCGAAGGAUUCAAGUACAUCCAGCAGUCCUUCCUGGACGGUGGCACUCUGCACCUCAUCGGCCUGCUCAGCGACGGAGGCGUGCACUCCAGGUUCGAUCAGCUGCAGUUGCUGCUCAAAGGGGCUAGCGAGCGCGGGGCGAAGAGGAUACGGGUUCACGUCCUCACGGACGGCCGGGACGUGUUGGAUGGCAGCAGCGUCAGGUUCGUGGAAAUGCUCGAGGACGACCUUGCUAGGCUUCGGGAGAAGGGCGUUGAUGCGAGAAUAGCGUCUGGCGGUGGCAGGAUGUAUGUCACCAUGGAUCGUUAUGAGAAUGACUGGCAGGUUGUGAAGCGAGGCUGGGAUGCGCACGUCCUCGGCGAAGCCCCACACAAGUUCAAGAGCGCGCUCGAGGCCGUGAAGAAGCUCAGGGAGGAUCCAAAGGCAAACGACCAGUACAUGCCUCCCUUCGUCAUAGUAGACGAGAGCGGAAAGCCGGUUGGCCCGGUACAGGACGGAGAUGCUGUGGUGACGUUCAAUUUCAGAGCUGAUCGGAUGGUGAUGCUUGCCAAGGCGCUGGAGUACGAGGGCUUCGACAAGUUUGAUCGUGUCAGGUUCCCCAGGAUACGCUAUGCUGGUCUGCUUCAGUACGAUGGCGAGCUCAAGCUUCCAAGCCACUAUCUCGUUGCUCCCCCGGAGAUAGAGAGGACGUCCGGUGAAUACUUGGUGCGCAACGGCGUUCGCACCUAUGCUUGCAGUGAGACAGUCAAGUUUGGUCAUGUCACUUUUUUCUGGAAUGGGAAUCGGUCUGGUUAUUUCAACCAAGACUUGGAAAAAUAUGAAGAAAUUCCCAGCGACAUCGGCAUCCCCUUCAAUGUUCAGCCCAAGAUGAAGGCCUUGGAAAUUGCACACAAGGCAAGGGAUGCCAUCCUGAGCCGAAAUUUUGAUCAGGUAAGGGUCAACAUUGCAAAUGGAGAUAUGGUUGGCCAUACUGGAGACAUUGAAGCAACUAUUGUUGGAUGCAAGGCAGCUGAUGAGGCUGUUAAGAUCAUCCUGGAUGCCGUUGAGCAAGUGGGUGGCAUUUUUGUACUCACUGCCGACCAUGGCAACGCGGAGGACAUGGCGAAAAGAGAUAAGUCAGGAAAACCACUCCGGGACAAGGACGGGAAGGUCCAGACCCUUACUUCGCACACGCUGAAUCCGGUUCCAAUCGCAAUAGGAGGCCCUGGGCUUUCACCUGGGGUCAGGUUCCGUACAGACCUCGCAAAUGCCGGCCUCGCUAAUGUUGCAGCGACAGUCAUGAACCUUCAUGGGUUUGAGGCCCCUGAUCAUUAUGAGCCAACGCUGAUCGAAGUCGUCGACAAGUGAUGCCUUGGCCUUUGCUACUUCCUGUCUCAAUAAACUCAUCUGCCACUGCUUUGCAUUAGUUUGUCUAUGUAUAGGAGUAUACUCUACCCAGGGAUUAAUUUGGUUUCCGCUUCGCUAGUUGUGGGCCUGUGGCUGUCAUCAUCUGAACCGAUUCCUACUACGGUUGUCUGGCAUGUGUGGUGUAAUCGUACGCGAAUAUCAAUAUGUCACUGAUUUGUAUGUUAACAGUUUGUCAAGCCUUUGGAUGGAUAUAAA